GUUACCAAGAAGAACAUUUUGAGUCUGAUAAGAAAUCGUCUGAAAAAUCAUUUAAAAAUGGCUUCUGGAGGUUACAAAUCGGACGACCAGGACAUUMAAGAUGAGCAAGAAGAAACUGCUAGGACAGAUGUGACAGAAAGUGAUACUGAAGGAGUUUUUCGUACUUUUUUAUAUCAUCGAUUUCAAGAGGAAACGGAGAGAGGAGACGACGACSUACGAUUUGACAGAGCACGCUCAGACGCUUUGGAAGAGCUUCGUUCCUGCAAUGACGAACGACGACAGCAUAUUACUCGAAUUGGACAACGUCUAGGUGAAGUUGGGGACGAAAUAGAUGCUAAAUAUAGAGACCAAUUUCACGAAAUGAUCGAGCAACUUUCUCUUACAUCAGACACUGCUUACGAAACUUUCGCCGCAGUUACGCGACGGUUGUUUAGAUCUGGGAUAAAUUGGGGAAGAAUUAUCGCUCUUUUGUGUUUUGGAUAUGAAAUAGCGAUGACAGUUAUUCGCCGAGGAUUCAGCGGCAGCUUUUUACGAAGGAUUAUUCGUUUUGUUGUUGACUUUGUUUUUCGUGAAAGGAUUGCCGUAUGGAUUGCUGAACACGGUGGCUGGAGAUCAGCACUGGACUUUCGUCUAUCUGAACCAAGUUGGUACACUGUUGGUACAGUAGUAGUUAUUGGCGUACUUGUAUCCAUUUGGGCUUCACGAGGAAUAAACAAAUGAUCUCCAUAUGAACAUUUUACAAUGGAUAGUUUGAAUAUUCCAAAUCUUGACUGUACAUAAGAGUUUUUCAAAAUUCCCUAUUUGUCUGUAAAUUAGGCUUUUAUAAUAUGGCAAUUGUUUUGUUUGAUUUUGUUUUGUUUAUAAAGAAAAUUCUAUUUCCACAGAAUAAAUAGAUUAUGUCUCUUUUGAAUUCUAGUUUUCUAUAAAUUAGCCUCAAUACUGUACAAUUGUUCUUUUUUUAUGUGGCAGGACAAUGAGCUUUUGUAAGACUAUUGUUCUUCAAUCUAUAGUGUUUUCUUCUUUUCUUUCACAUAAUUGAGGCUAGUGCAUACCAUUAGAGAAGUCAAAACUAGAGUAGUGUAAUUUUCWGGGAUUGAUUUUUAUUUUUUGACAAGGAGUUUUAACUCUGACUGGAACCAUUUUUAUUCACUUGCUYUGUUAUUUUACAAAUACAAUAGCUACCUUUUCUAUUGUUUUUACAUGCACAGAAACUUUCGUUUUGUAUAAGUAAAAUGACAGUCCAAGUGAAUACAAUUAGUCUUUUCAUUAAAUGAGUGAAAUAUUAUAACCUUACAAUUUAUUUAAGGUAGAAACAAUAUCUUGCAAACUACCUGAAAAUUACUGAUGAUACUUAACAUCAAUAAAAUGUUAUUUAAUAA